UCAUCAUGCCAGGUGACGUGCGUAACGAUAUCUACGUAACCCUGGUUCAGGGAGAGUUUGAUAAAGGAAGCAAGUCCACCCCCAAGAAUGUAGAGGUCACAAUGACAGUCUACGACGAGGACGGAAAGAAACUGGAGAACGUGAUGUUCCCUGGUGCUGGAGACGAGGGCAUCUUGGAGUACAAGUCUGUCAUCUACUACCAGAUCAAACAGCCUCGCUGGUUUGAAACCAUCAAGGUUGCCAUCCCUAUUGAAGACGUGAACCGAAGUCACCUGAGAUUCACCUUCCGUCACCGAUCAUCUCAAGAAUCCAAAGACAAAUCAGAGAAGAUAUUCGCCCUGUCAUUUGUGAAGCUGAUGAGGUACGAUGGGACGACCCUGAGGGACGGAGAGCACGAUCUCAUCGUAUACAAGGCGGAGGCUAAGAAGCUGGAGGACUCGUCUCUGUACCUGAACCUGCCUGCUACCAAGGUGGAGCUGGAGGAGAAGGGUUUGUCCACUACAGGGAAGGGCACACACAACCUGGGCAACUGUACCAUCAGCAAGGACUCCUUCCAGAUAGCAACCUUGGUGUGUUCUACCAAGCUCACACAGAACG